AUGUAUAAAGACAUCCACAGGUGGCAAGUCCUUCGGAAUUUUGACCCGAAUACUACCGAUUUUGCUCGUUACUUGGGACAUUCGAUGAUAUAUGAAGUGGUACAGCCCGAACCUGGUCGAUUUGAAGAACUCGACAAAGAAGACGAGGAUGAACUAUCAUUAGAGUCGUUGUUCUAUGAUGCAGAGCCCGAUACCAAAGUGGCUACGCCUCAAGACGAUAAACGUUGUUCCCUCGAAGAUGAUUACGCCAAAUUCAAUCGAAUUCCACAAAUUCUCGAAGACUGGAGAAUGGAAAGAGUGUGUGCCAUGGAACGUAUCAGGCUGCGUGGCGCUGUUCUCUCUCCAAUCCGCCGUGUACCUGUCGAGUUGUGGAGGGAAAUCUUCUCACUAUUUUGUUUUUCAGGAGACCAAUACCCCAUCUCGCUUUACAGCGACGUGAUGGGCACUACGGGCUACUACAAGUACAAGAUAGAGAAAUAUAUAGGGGUCAACGCCCGCCCUUACACUCUACUUAGCGUGUGCACUCACUGGCAUUCUAUUGUCACCGGAAUCCCAAAUCUCUGGUCGUCGAUCCGGAUAGCUGGACAUUUCACCCUAGACCUUUCCCCCGCACUCGAUUAUCUUCUAUCCAAGUCUGGCAACUCCCCUUUGACUAUCCACAUAUCCUCCACAUACCCCCUGCAACAUCUACACCCCGACAACAGAGAUAAUGCUAUUCAAAGCAUAAAAUUUCUCGCAGCUCAUGCUCUCCCCCGAUGCAAACGCUUUAUUCUCGACCGUUCUUGCUGUGAAUUCAUGUCAUGGGAAAGAAUAUGUCUAUCAUUUCCUGCAUUGGAAUCAUUGGAGACAGGAAUCCCUUACUUGUCCCUACUAGAAGCACCCGUCCUUAAUCAUUUGAAGAUUUCACAUAUCCACGACCCACCGAAUGCCAUCAGGUUUCCUUUGGCUCGCCUGGUUUCUUUGGAAAUCACAAAUGACAUCAAUCUACAGCCCCUCGUUCUCCAAAUUCUUCCGCUUUGCUCGGCUCUCCAAUCCCUGAGCGCACCGUUCCGGCUCGCUGAUAACCCAUACAUGAAUAGCAUUGCUUUCCCAGACAGUCCAAAAGAGAUCUCGUCCCUCCAAAACCUACAGAUCCAAAUUAUGGACUUCCGACAAGACCUUACCUUUCUUUUCAAAUACUUCGAGCUCCCCAACCUCUCCUCCCUUGAAAUUGAAGUAUCGGACUCAUCCUCAUCUGUUUUUAUUCCCCCCGUUACACUGGCAAGAGGUUCCGAUUUUCCUACAGCCUUUUACCGGUCGGUGUUGGGUUUACGGACGCUGAAAUUGCUUUUCCAAGACAUCCAGUACCACAAAUCCUCCCUCGGCCAUAUCGCAGAUCUUUCCGGAGUGUUAACGGCAAUGCCUUCGUUGACUUUCUUGGAAGCUCGGCAACAAGGAUUAUCUAACCCACAACCGAACAGAUUAGCUGCCCUUCUCAUUCCGUUGAUCGUUUCCCCACAUAGCACGAUGGGCACAAUCGUUCCCAAACUAGCUACCCUAUCCAUUUCUUACAAUGCUCUUCUGUGUUUUAAUUGUAUACCAACCUCUGAAGUGGCGGUAUUUAAGAGGAACAUACUUGCUAUGGCUGAAAGUCGAGCACAGCAUACACAACUUACCGAAUUACACUUAGGUUAUCCAGGGUUCGAUACCAUAUGUGAACGCCACUGCUAUGACUCGGGAAUAUCGAGGGUCUUCAAAGAGUUGGAGGAAGGAAUGAAGGCGUUGGGAAAGUACGGGUUAAAGUUUGUAGGUAGAAAGCUUGAAUUACUAUGGAAAUAA